AUGGCGCCCUACACCAUGUUUCACUCACACGGUAACAAUACAUCCGUCACUCCCAGAUGGCUGACCACCGAAGGAAUAGCAACUACAUUAGCCCGUAUAUUCGACCGCGGAUCUUUCCAACUAUCUCGACGAGGUGACCCGUAUCAUAGGAACUUCGUCACAUAUAUCAUCGUGGGAUCUGUUGUAUUCCUGUUUCUUUUAGUUAUCCCGGUAUUCGCCGUAUGUCGCCGGAAGACUCGUUGGGGGAGCGCGCAACGGAACGUUCCUUCUAAUACAUCUGCUGGAGUUAAUAACUGGCCCAAAACUACUCCUACAUGGCCCACGCCUGAGAGUUGGGAGCAAGAACUUCGCGAUUGGAGAGAUAUGCAUUGGGCAACGCAGGCGGGAACUUCUGACCAUUUUAUCGUCCCUCCAAGUUCAGCCUAUGCUAGUAAAAGGAGGCUUCCCGUCUACCAGGAUGGAGAAAACGACGACGAGGUGUUUGUUGUUGGCAGUCUGGACGACGAUGACAGACACCAUGAGGGACUUAGGAGUCCUAUGGUGAUUGAUAUCUCUACAGCAACGGCGAUGCCAAUAAAAAAUGUAAGCGGCCGUCAGAAAUCCAUCGAUUUGGGUUCGGCGAAAGGUAGGGAAUCCUGGGCGUCUUCCGCGCCAAGUUAUUGGGAUAGUAUAGUUGAUGAUGUGGUAAAAAAGGACUAA